GGCCAAAGCCGGGGCAGCUGCGGCUCAUUGAUUUGUCUGAGAGGCUGUUGGCUUUUGAAAUCAGACAGGAAGGAGGGUUGAGGUGGAGCCCUGCACAGGAAGAGAUCCUGAGGGGUCAGGGCCCAACUGACCGGCAACAGAGAAUCCCAGGACAUCCUCACCACCACGCAGCUGCCUGUCCCCUGGAGCAGGGCUGAGCCCGGGAGCACCAAGAUGGAGCACCCUCAGCCCCCCAGCCCCGGCAUCCCCAGGGCAACGAGGUCUGGGAGACCUGCGGACAAGGGAUGGCCGACCCCCACCCCCUGAGUUCGUGGGGCUCUGCAGGAGGAGCUGCCAUGGGUCGGACACCCCGCCCGCUGCAGGUCACAAAUGAGGACAGCACAGCACGAGGAGCUCAGGCGGCCUGCCCAGUGCCACAAACCCACUCCUGGCAGCAAUCCCGGACCCCAUGAGGAAGCAGGAGGUGCGGACUGGUGGGGAAGCAGGCCAGGGCCGAGGCCCCGGCUCCCCAGCUGGGCAAGUGAAAGCCCUCGUGGACCUGCUGGCCGGGAAGAGCAGUCAGGGCUCCCAGGCCCCACAGCCCCUGGACGGGGUGCCUCAGUCUCCCCUGGGACCUCACGGUGAUGACUUGAGGAUACAGAAGUGCCGGGAGGCUCUGCUGAACAGGGUGAAAGGCAGCCUAGAGCCGGGCGGCCCCUCGCCCAGGCUGACCAGUCUCCUGCUGCUCGAGGGGCUGACAGACCUGCAGCUGAAGGAGCACGACUUCACACAGGUGGAGACCACGCGUGGGGACUGGCAUGCGGCCAAGACCAUCACCCUGGACAGGCUCUUCCUGCCUCUGUCUCGGGUGUCUAUCCCCCCCCGAAUCUCCAUCACCAUUGGGGUAGCUGGCGUGGGCAAGACCACCCUGGUGAGGACCUUUGUCCAGCUCUGGGCCCGGGGACAGGUUGGCAAGGACUUCUCCCUGGUGCUCCCGUUGACCUUCCGAGAUCUCAACACCCACGAGAAGCUGUCUGCGGACAGACUGGUCCGCUCUGUCUUCCCGCACAUCGGGGAAUCUGGCUUGGCGGCGGUGGCCCCACCCAAAACCCUCCUGAUCCUGGAUGGGCUGGAUGAGUGUAAGACGCCUCUGGACUUCAACACGGUGGCCUGCACGGACACUAAGAAGGAAAUCCAGGUGGAGCACCUGAUCACCAACAUCAUCCGGGGCAACCUCUUCCCAGAAGUUUCUGUCUGGGUCACUUCCCGCCCCAGCGUGGCCAGCCAGAUCCCGGGGGGCCUAGUAGACCGGAUGACAGAGAUCCGGGGCUUUGAUGAGGGGGAGAUCAAGGCGUGUUUGGAGGAGAUGUUCCCCGGGGACCACACCCUCUCCGACUGGGUCCUGAGGCAGGUGCAGGCAGACAGGGCCCUGUACCUGAUGUGCACGGUCCCAGCCUUCUGCCGGCUGGCAGGGUCAGCACUGGGUCACCUGCGCCACAGCAGGCCAGGGCCCCAGGACUCUGGGCAGUGGACUCCGAGGACCCUGUGCGAGCUCUACUCUUGGUACUUCAGGAUGGCCCUCGGCGGGGACGGGCAGGAGAAGGGCAAGGUGAGCCCUCGCAUCGAGCAGGUGGCCCACAGCAGCCGCAAGAUGGUGGGUACUCUGGGCCGGCUGGCCUUCUCCGGGCUGGUCAGGAAGAAGUACGUGUUCUAUGAGCAGGACCUGAAGGCGUUUGGCGUGGAUCCCGCUCUGCUGCAGAGCGGCCUGUGCAGCCGGCUCCUGCAGCGGGAAGAGACGCUGGCCGCGGCGCCGGCCUAUGGCUUCACGCACCUGUCCCUGCAGGAGUUCGUGGCGGCCGCGUAUUACUACGGGGCCUCCAAGCGGGCGAUCUUCGACCUCUUCACCGAGGGCAGCGUGUCCUGGCCUCGCCUCGGCUUCCUCACACACUUCCGGAGCGCGGCCCAGCGGGCCAUGCAGGCGGAGGACGGGCGGCUGGAUGUGUUCCUGCGCUUCCUCUCAGGACUCCUGUCCCCCAGGGUCAACGCCCUGCUGGCAGGCUCCCUGCUGGUGCAGGGCGAGCACCAGGGCUACGGCGCCCAGGCGGCCGAGCUCCUGCAGGGCUGCCUCCGCCCCGGCGUGGCGGUGUGCGCGCGGGCCAUUAACAUCCUGCACUGCCUGCACGAGCUGCAGCACACCGAGCUGGCCUGCAGCGUGGAGGAGGCCAUGCAGAGCCGGGGCCUGGCGGGGCUGGCCGGCCCCCGGCACCACGCGGCCCUGGCCUACCUCCUGCAGGUGUCAGACGCCUGUGCGCAGGAGGCCAACCUGUCCCUGUGCCUCGGCAAGGGCGUCCUCCAGAGCCUGCUGCCCCAGCUGCUCUACUGCCGGAGCCUGAGGCUGGACAACAACCAGUUCCAGGACCCCGUGAUGGAGCUGCUAGGCAGUGUGCUGAGCGUGAAGGACUGUCGCAUUCAGAGGAUCAGCUUGGCUGAGAACCAGAUCAGUAACAAAGGGGCCAAAGCUCUGGCCAGAUCCCUCCUGGUCAACAGAAGUCUGACCGCUCUGGACCUCCGCAGUAACUCCAUUGGACCUCAAGGGGCCAAGGCUCUGGCAGAUGCUCUGAAGAUUAACCGCACUCUGACCUUUCUGAGCCUCCAGAGCAAUGCUGUCAGGGAUAAUGGUGCCAGGUCUGUGGCCGAGGCCUUGGCUGCCAACCGGACCCUCUCUGUGCUACACCUGCAGAAGAACGCCAUUGGGCCCGCGGGAGCCCAGCAGAUGGGAGACGCCCUGAAGCAGAACAGGAGUCUGAAGGAGCUCAUACUCUCCAGUAACAGCAUUGGCGAUGGAGGCGCUGAGGUCCUGGCUAAGGCUCUGAAGGGGAACCAGGGCCUGGAGACCCUGGACCUGCAGAGCAAUUCCAUCAGUGACACGGGUGUGGCAGCGCUGACGGGGGCCCUCUGCACCAACCAGACCCUCAUCAGCCUCAACCUGCGAGAAAACUCCAUCAGCUCAGAGGGAGCCCGGCACCUGGCUGGAGCUCUCUGCAGCAACAGCACCCUGAAGAACCUGGACCUGACAGCCAACCUCCUCCACGACCAGGGCGCCCAGGCCAUCGCGCUGGCAGUGAGAGAAAACCGGGCCCUCACAUCCCUUCACCUGCAGUGGAACUUCAUCCAGGCCGGUGCUGCCAAGGCCCUGGGACAAGCACUACAGCUCAACAGGAGCCUAACCAGCCUCGAUUUGCAGGAGAACGCCAUCGGGGAUGAAGGCGCCUCCGCAGUGGCCAGCGCACUAAAGGCCAACACGGCCCUCACCGCUCUCUAUCUGCAGGUGGCCUCCAUUGGCACCCAGGGGGCCCAGGCACUAGGGGAUGCCCUGGCUGUGAACAGGACCUUGGAGAUUCUCGACUUAAGAGGAAACACCAUUGGGGUAGCUGGAGCCAAAGCCUUAGCAAAUGCUCUGAAGGUCAACUCAAGUCUCCGAAGACUCAAUCUUCAAGAGAAUUCCUUGGGGAUGGAUGGUGCCAUAUGUGUUGCCACCGCACUCUCUGGGAACCACAGCCUCCAGCACAUCAACCUCCAGGGAAAUCACAUUGGGGAGUCUGGUGCCAGGAUGAUCUCAGAGGCCAUCAAGACAAACGCUCCUUCGUGCACUGUUGCAAUCUGAGCAAAACAUGUUCCUGGUGGACCAGGCAAGACAACAGGCAGAGAAGCAACUGGAAGGUUUUGAACAAAAAGACCCCAUCCAGGGUUCCUCCCUGGGGUCUGGGAAUGAGGCACAAAUGCUUGUCUCCUGCAAGAAGGCAGGAAAGGUGCUGAUAAAGGAGUCGGGAACACCUCUCCUGGUCCAGGGUCUGUCCAGGCGUAGGUGACAUGGAUUCUCUGCUAUGGCACAGAGAAGGGAAGGCCUCCACCACGGGACUCAGGGACAUAGGUCUUAAAGCUCAGCGGGUGAGAAGCUGGUGUGAGCUUAUUCAUACCCUGAGGUCUUCAUGUGCCCCUAAGUUUUAUCAUCCUUUUCUGCUGGUUAAAAUCAUCUCCCUCUCUCUGAAAUGAGCUGGUACCUUCAAGCCCAUGAGAAGUGUCCAUUUGGCACUGGUGACAGAAGGGACCUUUCUUUUCUCAAGGAGAACAGAAGGUUUUAGGAGUAUGAUCCUCAGAGACACAUGGAAAAACUAUAAGCAUUGUUUUGAACAGAAAUGAAGGUUCUUAGUUAUAGAAUUCUGGAGACAGAAACAACAUUCUCAAUGUUUUUGCUAUCUUUUAUCCAUUACCAAAUCUCACAAAGCCAUGGAUUAUGUCGGACACAGGUUGUGUGGGAUCUGGCACACUGGUCAUCAGUAGCACGUUACAUGUUGAUGCCUUAAUAAUGUUAUUCAAUGGCAGGCUUCCCAAUCUGCUACCGUGCCUGCAGCGUCCCUAUGGAGGCAAGCAAGCUGAGCUACGAGGCACAAAUUCCCUCAGGAGUCGGUCUGUGAUGAAACGAAAAAGUUCCCAAAUGGACACCACAACUCUCACCAACUAAAUAACCAAGGAAAAUGCUUAUCAAGAUUAUAAACGAUCAUUUUACAGUUUGAACCCAAAUCAAUAUUGUUCCAAAUGUUCCCUUAAAAAUGAGUAAUUGGGCAAGAAUCAUCAAUGGAUGCUAAAACCACAGGUGACAGCCUGUUGAGGAAGAAUAUAUCUACCCCAAAGGGAUAUUUACAAAGGGGAAUUAUCAAACUAUCACCCCACAAGGGAUAUUUACAAAGGGGAAAAAGGUAUCUUUAAAGACGUAAAAUUUUGCAAAUGCUUUCUUUACGUGAUUCAACUUACCAUCACCAUGAAUGGGAUACAUUGACAACAUGUGCUCCUGAUGGAGGCACUGAGGACACGUCGCUGAGGCAGUAUUCUCACCAAAAUUUUGAUUUGGAUCUAAUCAGGAAGGAACAGUCAGACAAAAUCCAAAUCGAGAGGCAUUCUGCAAAAAACAAUAACCUGACCUCUCCCAAAUAUCAAUGUCAUGAAAAACCACAAAAAAAUAAAGCUGGGGGCUUUUUAAAUUGUAGGUGAUUAAAGAGAUAUAACAACUUAAUGCAAGAACUCGGAUUGGAUCCUUGACUGGAGAAAAACAAUCAGCUAUAAAUAAAAGUAUUUGGAGACAGGAGACAUUUGAACAUAGGUCUUGUGUAGUAUUUAUUUGGAUUACUGGGUGUUGAAAGUUAUUUUUGCUGGGUAUAGAAUUUUAGACUGGUUUUGGGCUUAGUACUUUCAAGGUGUUGCCAUGCUAUCUUCUGGUUUGCACAGUUUCUGAAUGAGUUGAGAACUCGACCAAAAAAAAAAAAAAGAUGCAGCAGCCAAAUGACGGAGGAAGCUCUGCCUUGCCGGAACCUAGCCACCAGAGAAACCUCAGGGCCAAGCGGAGAAAAAUCAUGCUCUCCAGGGACUUCAAGGGCAAGCCGCGUCCCUAGCAGCCGACUGACAAGCCUCUACAUCUCGCCAGCUGGCUAAGGAGUGAGAUUUACAAGGAGAAGCUCUCUUGCCACAGAGCAGGCCGAACGGUGGACGGGAGCGGAGGCAAUACACUCAUAAACAACA